GUCCGGAGUACAGUAUCAGGCUGAUGAGCUAUUGAUAAUUACUGUGGCUGAGAGAAGAGACAAGAAUAGAGCGAACGGAUAUCAGAAUAUGGCAAGGAACCUACAAAAGGUGCAAAAGCAAAUCUCCAAAAAAAGGGGAGCGCUUGACGCCUUGCAUGCCCAUAGCAGAGACUCGAAGCGUCUCCGCCGAGCGAGUGCGAGGGAGGGGAAGCUGGCGCGCGCCGCUGCGGAGCAUGUGAAGGGAAGGCAAAUAUACCUGGACAGAGUGAAUUUCUUCAAAGACUCCAUCCAGGAUAUUGCAGCGCCGCUCUCAGAUGAGGAGGUGGCCCAAUUGGUUACAAGAUAUAUAGCGCGAUAUGCACCUGAGCUCACAGAACUUCGUCAGGAGAAGAGGAAAGGCCGGCCGCCGAGUAAACGGGAAGAAACACUAACCCAAAGAGAAGAAUUUGAAGCGAAGGAAUACGCCACAGGGUUCUGGGUGCCAGAUCUAGGCUCGGAAGAUAAUAUCAGGAGGCUGAAGGGGUGGAAUGGGGAUUGGUCGUCGCUGAGCAACUUAGAUUUUGUCCGGUUAAAUCGAGACGGCAACAAACAACAAUCGGCGUUCCCACCGAGGGGACUUUCAUGAUCAAGGUUGGCCCGAUCGCCGAUUAACUUCGCUACGAUAUUCCUUGUCACAAAUUCUGGUCUUAAACGUGGAGAUAAUGCUGGUACAAAGUUUGGUUGCUGAUAAUAACAGGCCAGCUAGAAUGGUUGGGCAUUUACGGAGCAUGCCUCCUCAAAAUACUUGGUGUUAAUGGUCACCUUGGACUUACCUGCUCGUUUGAGAGAAAGGUCGGCGCGAUGCCACUCGGGAGUUAGAGACGGCUGUUGAAUUUAGCGCUUAGUUUUUUGCAGCUGAAUACUCGCCAAUAUCCUCGGGCACAAGCUACAGUUGCAUCGGAGAGAUUAACUAACAUUUAUUCGGGUCGAGCCCGACCCUGCAAGCCGGAAAAGCAAGGAAAACAAAGGCUAAGCUCCCUGAGCAAGCUUUUCAUUUAUGACCUUGUUUCAGCGUUCCGGGUGCCA